AAUGCCAACUGCCUCUUCCAGCUUUGUUAGAGGCAUGAAGAUGCCAAGACGGAACUUACUUGUAAGGUCCAUUCUUCUAAGCUUGGCUGUGAUAUCCUGCCUUGGGGAAGAGGAUCCUGGAUCCAUCAGAGGUGCACGGUGCGGAGAAAGCCCAUUGGGUUCUGCAAGGGACUUGAACUACCUUUCUCGAAUCGUCGGUGGGAGAGAAUCAAAGAAAGGCCAACACCCAUGGACAGUAUCAUUGAAACGCAAUGGAAAGCACUUUUGUGGAGGAAUCCUUGUGAGCCGUAGGCAUGUACUUACUGCUUCCCACUGUUUACUUGACAGGAAUGUGAAAUCUUAUAUCAGAGUUUUUUUUGGAGAAUAUGAUCAAACGAUAAAAGAAGAUACAGAGCAGACGUUUAAGGUUAUCGAAAUCUUCAAACACCCUGACUUUAACUAUACCCAGCCAAUGAACUAUGAUGUUGCUGUGCUGGUGCUGGAUGGUGCCGUAACCUUUGAUGACAAUAUCCAACCAGCAUGUAUGCCAAACCCAGAUGAUGUUUUUGAACCGGGUGACCUAUGUGUUACUCUUGGGUGGGGUCAUUUAACAGAAAAUGGAAUACUCCCUGGUGUUUUACAAGAGGUCCUCUUACCCCUCGUGAACCUCUCGAUAUGCCUGGAUGUCAUGGCGACUCUAAAAGGAGCCGUUGUGUCUUCGAAGAUAGUGUGUGCUGGAUUUCCAGAAGGAGGGAAGGAUGCCUGCCAGGGGGAUUCAGGAGGCCCAUUGCUGUGCCAACGCCGUCAUGGAACUUGGGUGCUACAUGGUCUGACCUCCUGGGGGAUGGGGUGUGGACGUUCAUGGAAAAAUAAUAUGUUUUUGCCUGCUAAUAGGAAAGGAUCUCCAGGCAUUUUCACAGACAUCCAGAAAUUGCUUGGCUGGGUUAGCUUUCAAUUGAAUACAGCUGUCACAAAAGAAUCCAAGGAAAGCUGCAGCGUACAGGAUGGCGUGCUCUCCGGAAAAUCAGGGGUGCUAAGGUUUCCCCAUAAAAACAAUCUUCGUUACAGGAACAAUGAGCUGUGCAGAUGGAAUUUCACUGUACCUAAAAACAUGCACAUCUUACUGAAUUUCACCCAUUUUGAUGUGGAGUCUGAUAUCUCUUGCAAUUUGGAUUAUCUGGCAAUUUAUACUGCUUCAGAUAGGCUCAUCGGGAAGUUUUGCGGUGAUAUGCCACCCAGGUCCCUUCUCAUCUCCUUUUCAAGCAUCAAGCUAAAAUUCUAUUCAGACUUUCAUAAAAACCAUACUGGAUUUAAUUUGUCCUAUUCAGCCGUGGAACCCAACACCUACCCAGACUCAGGUUGCGGAUCUUUUGCUGUGAUCUUUGAGGAAGGAGAGAUACAAAGUAUGAAUUACCCUGAGAAUUACUUAGGCAACUCUAGAUGCCACUGGAUAAUUCAUGGUCCACCUGAUUCCUAUAUUAAGCUGGAAUUUGAAGACUUUGCACUGGAACCCUCUGAUGGGUGCAGAUAUGACUAUCUGGCAGUUUAUCAGGAUUUGGCUGCUGAGGACAUAAUUGAAACGUUCUGUGGGUAUUCCCUUCCUGAUCUGGUGUUAAGCACGACUGGUGUGAUGCACAUAAAGUUUUCAACAGAUGAACGUGAAAAUGAUAAAGGGUUCCGGGCGACCUUCACUUUUGUCAACCCAAACAGUUUAAAUGAAGACAGCAGGCAAGGAAAUAGGGUCAAAAGUAACAAGGAGCAAACGACUUCCCAAGACAGUAUUUGUGGGGUUUCCCAAGUCCCCCCCAGAUUUAUCUCCAACAGCAUUGCCAAAGUGGAAGAGGCAGCCCCCCACUCCUGGCCCUGGCACACAAGCUUACAAUAUGCUGGAGAACAUGUGUGCGAUGGAGCAAUCAUUACAGAAAAGUGGAUCCUUACAACAGCAAGCUGUGUCUUUAACAGAAAACUCAAUGACCUAUGGCUGGCCAUUCCUGGGAUACAUGAUCUCUCAUGGCUCGGACACAAUCAGAAAGGUUUAGUGAAGCAGAUUAUCCCUCACCCUAGUUUCACCGGCCAAACAAAUGACUUUGACAUUGCAUUAGUUGAGCUGGAUGAAAGCCUUCAGUUCAAUGGUGACAUAUUUCCUAUCUGCCUCCCUGGCAAGAACAGCGAGGUGGCAGCUGCCAGCCUUUGUGUCGUCUCUGGAUGGGGUCUUCGUGGGAAAGAGGCAGAAAAGUCAACAAAGCUACAGCAGCAUGAAGUUCCCAUCUUUGCGGUUGAUGCCUGCAAAGCUCUCUACAGACAGCAUCCUGGGGGCAUCACGGAUAGGAUGUUAUGUGCUGGGAUAGGAACAGGACAGGGCAAUAGUUCCUGCUCAGAACAGUCUGGCGGGCCAUUGGUUUGUCUUUUGGAAGAAAAAGGCAUCUACGCUAUUUUUGGUCUUGCAAGCUGGGGCAUCAACUGCAAGCCUGGCGUCUAUACUAAAGUGCCCUCAUUUGUCGACUGGAUUGACCAAAUAACGAGUGCAACAGAACAAAUCUAUUCCAGUGAUGGUGACCCGAAUGCCCAUAACAAGAUGGAGAAUACUGAGCAGGAAGGAACAGCAGGGGGCAGCAGCACUGUUCAAGGUGGGCUUCCCUCCAAUGGCACCAGCUCUAAAGAGAAUCACUACAUUGUAUCCAGCUGUGAGGAUGUGGUACUGCUGAAGUCACCUGGAGAAAUUAAAAUGGAAACCAAAGGCCAAAUGUAUCCCAAUGGCUUCAGUUGCCAGUGGAGAAUUAUUGCCCCAAAAUAUCACAUUAUAAAAGUGGUCAUCCAGGAGCUGCACAUGUCUGCGGAGAAUGGGAAGUGCUGUAAUUCUCUUAUCAUCUACGAAGGAGUCCCCAAGAACAGGAUUGUAAAAGUUCAGUUCCCCACGGAUGGGAUCGUACCAGGAACAGUCUGGUCGGAGGGAUCUUUUCUCACCGUUGAGGUCUCCACCACAUCAGUAGAUCCGGAGUUUGGAAUUUGGCUGGUAUACAGUUACCACCACAGAACUCAAUCCCAGGACCACAUCGUGUCGGACAGUGACAGUUCUGAAAGUUCUGAACCGUAAAAGUCUGACUAGGGCAUCGCUGUAAUGUUCUGUGUUCCAUGGGAGGUCCCAGAAGUCACCACUGUUUAUUCUCAUUUGUCUUUCUGUCGGCAAUGAAUCAAAACCCUAUCUGUAUAACUGGUCUGUGAUUGAGUCUAAAAAGGAAAAUGUAUUGGUCCCAUGAAAGCUGAGUGUAGGGAAAUUGGAUUUGCAUUUUAUUUUUUUUUUAUUUGUGUGUGGGUAUAUACAGGUAUGGGAUCCAUUAUCAGCGUUAUCCAGAAAGCUCCAAAU